AUGGAUAUUGAAAAUUUCAGUUGUGUUCUUGGCCUCUCCAAGUGCCCUUUCAUUCAGGGAAAAGUGUUGUUAGCUCAGCCCAGGGACACUGGUUUUUCAUUUAGCCACGAUAUCAAUAGUCAUUUGGCCAGCCUCUCCAUUGCUGGAAACACGAUCCCUAUUCCCGACCCUGCUGUUGAGGCUUUCUGUGCCCUGGAUAACUUGAAAGCCAGUGUUGAAAAUCAGGGCCAGAUUAAGAUGUGCAUCAACGAAGUGUGUCGGGAGACUGUGUCACUUUGCUGCAACUCAUUUCUGCAGCAGGCCGGAUUAAAUUUGUUAAUAAUCAUGACAGUUAUUAAUAACAUGCUUGCCAAGUCCGUUUCAGACUUGAAGUUUCCUUUGAUACCAGAGGGAAGUGAAUGUGCUGAGGGGCACGUUGUGAAACCCUUGAUGGGUUUGUCUGAAAAGCCAGUCUUGGCGGGGGAGUUGCUGGGAGCCCAGAUGUUGCUCUCCUUCUUGUCCCUCUUUAUCAGGAACGCAAACAGACAGCUUCUCCCAGAAAUCCCGGCCUCUUAAAUGGCCCCCUCCAACAGGAUGGGACUGAUCCACCCCGAACCAAAACCCGAUCAGUGAACCACACACUUGUGUUCUCAAUCAAAGACUCUGCAGUGGGUGCUAUUGAAGAUCCAGCCUUAGCCAGUAGCCAUAUCUCUGGGUGAAAGUUACACUUGCUAAAUCCAGGACCACUCUCUUGUUGGCCAGGCAGGGGUUCCCACAGAGCUUUGAGUUACCUCUUGGUUUUGCAGUCUGCAGGCAGUGCGCAUUGUAAAUUGCUCCCUUGCGGCCUUCCUCCUGUGGUAAAGGGAUCAUUUCAGCUGUGUGGUGAAAGGACAACAUUUUCUAGCCUGACAAGGGAUGCCUUGCCUGUGGUGGUCUCCCUGUCUAAGCUGGACCGUCUUGUGGAGACCAGACCCAUAUGGGAGCUUGUGCCGAAAAUGCAUCGGUUGCUGCGUAGGUUGAAUUCUUUUUCAUUUACUCUCUUUUCUUCACGAGCCUAUGGAUGGUAAACCUGUUCAGCAAAAAAUGUACACUCCCCUUCUAUGAGUUGUACUGACUCAGCCUCGUCCACCAAGUCUGCAUUUUUAUGUAUCACCAAUAAAGCUGUGUGCUUUAGCUGGCAAA